AUGAGCACCCAAACACAAACUGAGUCUUUCAUCCUUCAAACCAUCGCAUCUGAUAUUCAAGUCCAUCAUUUAGAGCCACAACUUCUACAAGAAUUAGAGCCAACCGCACCACCUCCACCAAAAUGGCUCUAUCCAAAGAUCUUCAGCGCAGGAAUCUCCUUCUUCUCAGCAGGUAUCAACGAUGGAAGUCUCGGAUCCCUAAUCCCCUACGUGAUCCGCUCAUAUAACAUCGGCACAAACAUGGUUUCCCUCUUAUACGGCAUAACAUUCUUCGGCUGGCUCUUCGCAGCAAUAUCCUCCAGCUUCAUAUGCCAACACCUAGACCUAGGCGCCAUGCUCUCCCUCGGCGCCUCAAUACAAAUUCUAGCUCACGUGUUACGUGUCUGGCUCCCUCCCUUCCCUCUAUACGCAGUGACAUUCUUCUUUGCCAGUCUAGGUCAGGCUUAUAACGACAUGCAUGCUAAUACGUUUGUGUCUACUCAAAAAGGUGCGCAUCGGUGGUUAGGCUUUAUUCAUGCUAUGUAUAUGGCGGGUUGUCUUGUUGGGCCUUUUGCUGCUACAGCUGUUGCUUCUGCGGAUACGGAGUCGCAGUGGAAUCUUUUUUAUUAUUUGCCGUUGGCUGUUGGGGUUGGUAAUCUUUGUGCGGUGGGAAUUUCUUUUCAUGAUCGGGUGGGUUUUCUUGGGAAGAGGCGAAACCUAAGAGAGGGAGAAGAUCACGAUCCCGAUCAUAAUGGUCAGCCUCGGGCUCAGACGGAUGGUGGAUCAUCUGCGGGGAAGAAUGCAUUGAAGGAAAUUAGAGAUACACUUAGUACGCCGGGUGUUUGGUUGCUUAGUUUAUUUUUCUUCUUUUUUCUUGGAGCGGCGGUUACUGCUGGUGGUUGGAUGGUCGAGUAUCUUGUCAACAUUCGCAACGGAGACGUUAAGGAAAUGGGAUAUAUUCCUGCGGGUUUCUACGGUGGUGCAUUCCUCGGCCGAUUGCUUCUUGCUGAACCUACACAUCGUCUUGGAGAACGGCGGAUGAUUUUCAUUUAUGCGGUCUUGUGUGUUGGACUGCAACUUGUUUUCUGGCUACUCAGUGUGCCGAAUAUCAUCACCGAGGCAGUGGCUGUUAGUCUAUUGGGUUUCUUCUCGGGACCUUUCUUUGCUACUGUGCGUUAUUUCUUCUCUUACAUGCUGCUAGGAGUCUCAGUUGGAUCGAAAAUCUUUGCCCCGGAAAUUUUGUCGCCUGCCAUCUCUUUCGUUUUUGUCCUGGGACAAAUUGGAGGUUCGAUAUUUCCGGCCAUAACUGGACUCAUCGCGGCUCAUUUUGGGGUUAAAGUGUUGCAACCUAUAUUGGUUGGGUUACUGGGUACUGCUGGUAUUAGCUGGUUGGUUUUGCCUAAGGAUUUAGAGCUUCAUCGGGAUUGA